GAGCCAAUCAAAACGUACCAUCUGUAAAUAUGGCGGCGGACUUCAGGUGGAGAUGUGCGGCUCUUCUGCUCUGCGCCGCUUUGGUUUGUAUUUUAGCGACAAACGGCGACGAAAAGCCCCAAAAGAAGAAGAAAGACAUCCGCGACUACAAUGACGCAGAUAUGGCGCGACUCCUGGAACAGUGGGAGGAGGAUGAUGACAUUGAAGAAGGUGACCUCCCAGAGCACAAGAGGUCUCCUCCCCCCAUUGAUUUAUCUAAGAUGGAUGCCUCCAAACCUGAGGACCUGCUCAAAAUGUCCAAGAAGGGUCGGACGCUGAUGGUGUUUGCGACGGUGUCGGGAAGUCCCACUGAGAAAGAGACCGAGGAGCUCACAGGCCUGUGGCAGGGAAGUCUCUUCAACGCCAACUAUGAUAUUCAGAGGUUCGUGGUGGGCUCCAACAGAGUGAUCUUCAUGCUGCGGGACGGCAGCAUGGCCUGGGAGGUCAAAGACUUCCUGGUGUCUCAGGAGCGCUGCUUGGACGUCACAGUGGAGGGACAGGUUUUCCCCGGAAAGGCUGCCAAGAAGGACGACGCCAAACACGACCAGCAAAACGAAACCAACGCCCAGAAGAAGAGCAGCAAGAAGAAGAAGAAGAAGGCGGAGAGCCAGAAGCCGGACGUCGAGGGCAACAGAGCCAGUCAUCUGAAAAACGAGCUGUGAUGGAGUAAAGCCGGUGAGAGGAGCCAUGGGUCACUUUUUCUUUUCUUUUUUUUAAUCUUCUGGCCUUAGAUCGAGGUGUUUGAGGAGCUGCACGACCAAGAGACCAUGCUUUGGUUCAGAGUUGGCAGUUUGAGUAAACUCCCUCAUCCCGUUCAGUACAUUAACCAGGAUCGCUGAGCUGAACUGUCUGCCCUCACUGGAUCACAUUGGUGUGACAAGUUCAUUCUUUAAAGGGACUGUCCCAAGUUUCUUUGAAGUGAGGUUGCAUGAGGUACUGACGUAAAAUAAGUGACGACUGUGUCGUGCACGCCCCUGCACCGAGAACCAACGUGAGACGUGGAGGAUUGCUCAGUGUGACUGACUUACUUCAGUGUGAAAUCCUUUUUAUCCACAUUUACCUCAGUGAUACAAACUCGACAAAUGAUGCUGCAGUAGAGCAGCAGCGUCCGUCUGUCUACAAGCUAAAAAUGACACGAAUUGGAAGUUUCCUGUUGUUAACAGCUGUCUAAUGACAAGAUAAAGAUAUAAAUAGACUGAUGACAUAAGUUGACAUUACGUGAGCCUCGGGGUGGUACUCGGUGCUUGGUCAGUACCUCAUAAAACCACACGACAAAAAAAACUGUAUCCCUUAAAAUCAUAUUCACUUUGUUACACACAUUGAGAUUCACCUGUAACGGCUGUGCUGACUGGUUUGAUCAUUCUUCUGUUGCAUAAUCAAAUGAAAACUGAUGCACACACUAUUGUGUAAGGUACGUGUUAUUAAUUUUUACCUGGAGCCAAGUCACAACAGGAAGUGGUUUUUCCUGGGACUGACAUGGAGUUACCAUUGAUCAGAUGGUCCAGGUCCUGGUCCUGAUCGAGGUCCAGGUCCAGGUCAGUGUUAGACAUCGUUCACGUCCAGCAGCACUUUUGAGAUUUGACACAAAAGUUAUCACCUGCAUUUUCUGUUUGAUUUUUUUCACUGAAUACAAAAUAAAACUUGUUUUUUUUUUCAUAAUUGUAUGAGCUGUUGUUGUUGGAAGCUGGAUUUUUGGGUUUUUGGCCCAUAUAUUUAGCCAAUUCAUUGUUUUUCCUCCAUCUAAUGGAAUGUAACAGUUUAACGAUAACAAAUAAUGCAAAAAACGAACAACACUAAUGUUGUGUCUCUCUAGCCAUCUUCUUAUGUCUGCAGUGCAGUAAACUGAAUUUUAAAUACA